AUGAGAAAUGGAGAGAGCAACAGAGGACAGGGACAGAGCGUCACCGCUAGAGCCCUGAGGCGCUGUGUCGGGUCCUGCUCAGCAGAUGGAGCAAGUGCUGCCAACCGUACCAGCGUGCGUGCCCGCCGCGGCGUGAGGGGCUGGAUCGGGCGGCAGCGGGGCCCGGCUCCAUCGGCCGGCACCGGGCCCGGCUCCAUGAGCCGGCAGCGGGGCCCGGCUCCAUCGGCCGGCACCGGGCCCGGCUCCAUGGGCCGGCACCGGGCCCGGCUCCAUGAGCCGGCAGCGGGGCCCGGCUCCAUCGGCCGGCACCGGGCCCGGCUCCAUGGCCGGCAGCAGGGCUGGCUGUCCCGCGGGCUGCGGCCGGGCCGGGCUCAGCAGCCGCGGUUUGUCCCGGGUUCCCUUGCACCUGGCAAGAAGCGACUGCUGAAAUUCUCUUACAUGCCAGGAUUACCAGGAGCCUUCAGCAGGACUUACCAGCUUAAAGUGGGUGACCUGGAACCAGAAAAUAUUUGUCUGAAAGGAGAAGCAUCCUUUCCCAUGAUCAGUCUGGACCUGCCCUGGAACAUCAGAGGAAAUGAAAAAUAUGAGAAGAUACUGAAACAGCUCAUAAAACCCCUGCAACAAGACAAUCAGAGGAAUAAAUCAGUUGUUCUGAAGAAGACUCAGAGCCUGAAGACCAAGACCUUGGAGUCUCAGACCCUGAAAACUCAGACCACUAACAGUCAGACCUUGAAGACUCAGAACCCAAAGACUCAGGACCUGCAGCCCAGCGUGCUUGCCUCUGGCACUGUAUCAGACACUCAGCUGCAGAUAGAGAUGAUGAGGAUGCUGAUAGAGAAGGCUGCUUUGGAGCUGCAGCAAAAGCUCUCAUCCUAUCCCCUGAAGAACAGGUUCCCUGACAAGGAGCUGUGCCAGAGUCUUGUCAAAGUUGAGCUGCCCCAGUAUGUCCUGGACAUGGGCCCUGUCCUUAAGGGUUACACUGAGUCACACUCUCUGAAGAUCACCAACCCUGGGCAGAUCCAUGUGUCCUUCCAGGUCGAUGUAUCUGUCCUGCAGGACACAGGUUUCAGCGUGGGCCUGGACCAGAUGAUUUGCCUGCCCCCCAACAACAGCGUGGACUUCGACGUGCGCUUUGAAAGUGCCCACAAGCCGUAUGGUGACGUGGAAGUGGUGCUGCCCAUAGAGGUGACAAAAGGCCCUAUGUACAGCAUCCGCAUCUGUGCCACUGUGUCUGAACUGUCACUCACCCUCUCCAAGAACAGACUGCAGUUCUCUGACAUCCUUGUUGGGGACUGCCAGGUUGAGACCAUCCAACUCUACAACCGGUUCCCAGAAUCCUGCAAAUGGUUCAUUGCUUCCAAGGAGCCUGCUCUGAGGGUAAAGCACAGGCGACAUUGAACACAGAACUUGGUUGGGUUUUCUUUGUGACUCUUGCCCUUUCUGCUCUGUGGCUGCUUGAGCACUUGGG